UCUCUCUCUCUCGUGUACGGAGGGCAACCAUCCUCUUGUUUCUACGAUUGGAAAGCGAAAAAUCUCUGUGAUCAACAAGCUGGAAAUUUCAUUCUCAUUUUCGAAAUGUUCUUUCGAAAGUUGGCGCUUUCUAUGAUUUGUUAAGAGGAAAUGGGUUAUGGUUCAGGUAGUGCCUCCCAGGAAGACCGGGAUGACGAUGAUGAGGAUGAGUAUGAUGAAGGGGGCGCAAGUAACCGGCUUUUGGGAUUUAUGUUUGGAAAUGUCGAUGGUGCUGGUGACCUUGAUGUUGAUUACCUUGAUGAGGAUGCGAAGGAGCAUCUUGCUGCACUGGCGGACAAGCUUGGACCAUCCCUAACAGAUAUAGAUCUGUCAGUAAAAUCACCUCAAACACCUGCUGAUGGUGCUGAACAAGAUUAUGAUGAAAAAGCUGAGGAUGCAGUUAAUUAUGAAGACAUUGAUGAGCAGUAUGAAGGACCAGAAAUUCAAGCUGCCACUGAGGAGGAUUAUUUGUUAUCAAAAAAGGAAUAUUUUUCUGCUGAUGUUUCAGUGGCUUCUUUGGACCAUUCAGCUUCUGUUUUUGAUGAUGAUAAUUAUGAUGAGGAUGAGGAAUUUGAGAAGGAACAUGAGGUGGUGGACAACAAUUCUGAAGUUCAAGCUAUUUCAUCAGGUGAGCAGGGUGAGCAUCUUUCUGUAGUAUCCGAAGGAGAAAAAUCACCUGAUGAUGAUCUAUUUCCAGGUCUAUUGGAACCUGAAAAUUUGACUGGAGAUUUGGAAGAUAUACCAGAGGAGGAACCUGAAGGUCUUGAGGAGCCAUUUGAGGGUAAAAGGUCAGCACCAUUGCCUAUUUUGUGUGUAGAAGACGGAAUGGUGAUAUUGCGGUUUUCUGAAAUUUUUGGUAUUCAUGGGCCCUUGAAAAAAGGGGAAAAGAGGGACCGUCGAUAUACGAUUCCUAAGGAGAGAUAUAAAUCUAUGGAUGCUCCUGAUAAUGUUGAAGAGGAUGAGGAGGCAUUUUUAAAGGGAGGUUGCCAAGGUUUUUCAUUUACCAAACACAAACUUUUGACUCAAGAUGAUGCAUCAGUGUUUAUGGAGGAUGAGGCAGAACUGAAAAAAGUUGGUGUUGUACAAGGCACUGCCACAAUGGAACUGCAAAAUGAUGAGCAGAGGAAGCAUUCUUGCAUCAGUGCAGAACCAAUGAAAGAGGAUAUGCCUGUUGAUCUGUCAGAAUUCUGGCUAUCCCCAUUAUCUCCUAAAUUCUAUCCACUUGAUCAGCAAGACUGGGAAGAUAAAAUAAUCUGGGACAAUUCUCCUGAAGUCAGUGACAAUUCUGCAGAGAGUUGUGAAAUCUCUGGACCUGAUUCUGAAGUUGUAGUUGAUAAAGAAACAGAACUGGUAACCAAGGCUCAAAAUCAGAGGCCAAAGUUCCAAGUGGCAGUAGAUGAGAAGGAUCAUGGUGUUUUUCUGGGUAGUUCUCCUGUUUUGAUAGAGGCCUUUGGCUCAAGAAAUUCUUCUGCACUGAUUAAUCAUUCCCUUUCAGAAAUUAAAUAUCAUCCCCAACUUUUGAGGUUAGAAACUCGGUUAGAAAUGGAUAAUUCAAGUCAGUCAGCUGUUAGAAAGGAGGAUGCUAUUGAAGAUCCUCGCGGAAGUGAGGCUAUAAGGCGUUUUAACAAACUUACAUUGCAAAAUAGAGACAUGUUGGAAGGAUCUUGGGUAGACAGAAUAAUUUGGGAACCCCAUAAACCUAUAUCAAAACCCAAACUAAUUUUGGAUCUUCAAGAUGAGCAAAUGCUUUUUGAAAUUCUAGAUGACAAGGAUGGUAAAAAUCUUGGGCUUCAUGCAGGAGCUAUGCUUAUUACUCGUCCUGUAAAAUCCAGCACUGGGGAUUCUAUCGAGUUACCUGUUCAUGGAGGUCCUUCCGGUGGGCGAUUCAAUAUUGCUAAUGAUAAGUUCUAUUUGAACAGGAAAACUUCCCAGCAACUGAAAUCACAUUCUAAAAAACGCACUGCUCAUGGUGUCAAAAUUCUGCAUUCAAUACCUGCCCUUAAGCUGCAGACAAUGAAAUUGAAGUUGAGCAAUAAAGAUAUUGCUAAUUUUCAUCGACCAAAAGCCUUAUGGUAUCCCCAUGAUAUUGAAAUGGCAGUCAAAGAACAAGGGAAACUGCCUACACAAGGACCCAUGAAAAUCAUAUUGAAAAGCUUGGGAGGCAAAGGAAGUAAACUUCAUGUAGAUGCUGAGGAGACUGUCUCUUCUGUCAAAUUAAAAGCUUCAAAAAAGCUAGAUUUCAAACCAUCAGAAAUGGUCAAGAUAUUUUAUACUGGAAAGGAGCUUGAAGACCAUAAGUCUCUUGCUGCACAAAAUGUUCAACCAAACUCCUUGCUUCAUCUUGUCCGUACAAAAAUACAUUUGUGGCCGAGGGCACAAAAGCUUCCUGGUGAGAAUAAGUCUUUGCGUCCUCCUGGGGCAUUUAAGAAGAAAUCUGACCUUUCUGUGAAAGAUGGCCAUGUUUUCUUGAUGGAGUAUUGUGAGGAAAGGCCAUUACUGUUGGGAAAUGUUGGGAUGGGUGCAAGGUUGUGCACUUACUAUCAAAAAUCAGCCCCUGGUGAUCAUACUGGUGCCUUUAUGCGCAAUGGAAACAGCAGUUUGGGGACUGUUCUCACACUCGAUCCUGCUGAUAAAUCACCUUUUCUAGGAGAUAUAAAACCUGGUUGCAGUCAGUCAUCUCUCGAAACCAACAUGUACAGAGCACCCUUAUUUCCCCAUAAAGUAUCAUCAACUGACUACUUGUUAGUACGUUCUGCAAAAGGAAAGCUUUCCAUAAGGCGCAUUGACAGGAUUGAUGUUGUUGGACAACAGGAGCCUCACAUGGAAGUGAUGUCUCCUGGAACAAAGGGACUUCAGACAUAUAUCAUGAACAGGUUGUUGGUGUAUAUGUAUCGUGAAUUUCGUGCUGGUGAAAAGCGCGGCUCACUUCCUUGCAUCCGUGCAGAUGAAUUGUCUGCUCAGUUUCCUAACAUUUCAGAACCUUUUCUUCGGAAAAGGCUGAAGCAUUGUGCUGAUUUGCAGAAGGGAUCUAAUGGACUGCUAUUUUGGGUUAUGAGGCGUAAUUUCCGGAUCCCGCUGGAGGAAGAGUUGAGAAGGAUGGUGACACCAGAAAAUGUGUGUGCCUAUGAAAGCAUGCAAGCUGGCCUUUACCGCCUCAAACAUUUAGGAAUUACACGGCUGACACUUCCCACUGGGCUUUCAUCUGCAAUGAAUCAGCUCCCUUAUGAGGCAAUUGCUUUAGCUGCUGCAUCCCACAUUGAAAGGGAACUGCAGAUAACUCCAUGGAACCUAAGUAGCAACUUUGUUGCAUGUACAAAUCAGGAUAGAGAAAAUAUUGAACGUUUGGAAAUUACUGGUGUUGGUGAUCCAUCUGGUCGUGGCCUAGGUUUCAGCUAUGUCCGAACUGCUCCCAAAGCUCCAAUAUCUAAUGCAAUGGUUAAGAAAAAAAUAACUGUUGGCCGAGGAGGUUCAACUGUCACUGGAACAGAUGCUGAUUUGCGUAGAUUGAGCAUGGAGGCUGCUCGAGAGGUUCUCCUCAAGUUUAAUGUUCCGGAGGAGCUAAUUGCAAAGCAGACUAGGUGGCAUCGUAUUGCUAUGAUCCGUAAGCUUUCAAGUGAGCAAGCAGCAUCAGGGGUAAAGGUUGAUCCAACAACUAUCAGUAAGUAUGCACGUGGGCAGCGCAUGUCCUUUCUUCAGCUUCAGCAGCAGACCAGAGAAAAAUGUCAGGAGAUUUGGGAUCGACAAGUUCAGAGUCUUUCAGCUGUUGACAGUGAUGAAAUUGAGAGUGACUCUGAAGCAAAUAGUGACCUGGAUUCCUUUGCUGGAGACCUAGAAAAUCUACUGGAUGCAGAAGAAUGUGAGGAUGGGGAAGAGGGUAACUGUGAAUCAAAGCAUGAUAGAACAGAUGGUGUUAGGGGGCUCAAAAUGAGAAGGCGCCCAUCCCAAGCACAGGCAGAAGAGGAAAUUGAAGAUGAAGCUGCUGAAGCAGCGGAGUUGUGUAGGAUGCUCAUGGAUGAUGAUGAAGCUGAGAGGAAAAAGAAGAAAAAAACAAGACCUGUCGGGGAGGAAGAAGGAUUGGCUUUGGGGUCACAAUUAAAUUUUGGUUUUGAAAAUGGACAAAAAAUGAAGAAAAAUAGUGCUGUAGUAAAGCAGCUUGUUAGUAAAGUGCAGCCUGAUGGAUCAUACUCUCAAAAAGAGAAAGCCUUUCGAGACUCAAAGGAGGUGGAAAGUUUUCUUCCUAAAAGAAACAUUUCUGGGAAGGCAAAAAUUUUGAAGAAGAAUGACGCCGCACGCAUGGGAGUACUCCAUAAGAAGAUAAAAAUAAUGGGUGAUGGAAUUAAAAUGUUCAAGGAAAAAAAAUCAGCAAGAGAAAGUUUUGUCUGCGGAGCUUGUGGUCAGCUUGGGCACAUGAGGACUAACAAGAAUUGCCCCAAGUAUGGAGAAGAUUUAGAAGCACAAGUUGAGAUUACAGAACCAGAGAAGGCAUCAGUGAAGUCCAGUUCUUUGGAACACUCUGCUCAGCUCCAGCAGAGGACUCUCAUAAAGAAAAUCAUACCAAAAAGUGCUACAAAAAUGGCUCUGGCAGAAACUUCUGAGGGCGAGAAGUCUAGUUUGAAGGCAAAAAAUCUUCCUGUGAAGUUUAAAUGUGGCUCUGCUGAUAGGCUUCCUGAUAAAGUCGCUCCAGGGACCACACAUGGUCCUGACCAACCUGUCAUUUCUGAUGCUGAAACUGGGAAUAAGUUUGUUAAGGUUAAUAAAAUAAUAAUUUCCAACAAGAUGAAACCCGAAGAUUCACAGGUUGAAUCUCAUAAACCCUCUAUUGUGAUCCGGCCGCCUACUGAAACAGAUAAGGAACAUGUUGAAUCUCAUAAGCCUUCUAUUGUAAUACGCCCACCAUCAGAAAUAGACAGAGACCAGGUUGAAUCUCAUAAGCCCUCUAAUGUGACACGGCCUCCAACGGAAACAGAUAGGGACCAGGUUGAAUCUCAUAAACCCUCUAUUGUAAUACGGCCACCAGUGGAUACGGAUAGAGACCAGCCUCGUAAGAAGAUCAUAAUCAAACGGCCAAAAGAGGUUAGUCUAGACCAAGUCAGUCAGGAUGGAAGCACUGGUCUUGAGUACAGAAAAACUAAGAAAAUAGUUGAAUUAUCAAGUUUUGAGAAGCAUAAGAAGCCAGAGACCAAGCAUUUGAAUGAGGAUGUCGCAAAAAGGAAAGCUAGAGAGGAUAAAAGAUUGUGGGAAGAGGAAGAGAAGAGGAGAAAUGCAGAGAGAUUGAGAGAAGAGAGGGCAAAGAGGCUUUAUGAGGAAGAAAUGAGGAUGCUAGAAGAGCAAGAAAGGUUAGCUGAGAUUAGAAAGUUUGAGGAAGCCAUAAGAAGAGAGAGAGAGGAAGAAGAACGUCAGAAAGCACGGAAAAAGAAAAAGAAAAAAAUGCCUGAAAUGAGAGAUAAUCAUUUAGAGGACUACAGAACUAGAAGAAAUGAUAGAAGGAUUCCAGAAAGGGACAGGAGUACCAAAAGGAGACCUGUCGUUGAGUUGGGAAAGUUUGGUGCAGACUAUGGCCCACCAACAAAGCGCCGUAGAGGAGGAGAGGUUGGUUUGUCAAAUGUCUUAGAAAGCAUUGUGGAUUCCCUGAGAGACAGAUAUGAGGUGUCUUAUCUCUUCUUAAAACCAGUGUCCAAGAAAGAAGCUCCCGAUUACCUGGACAUCAUAAGGCACCCGAUGGACCUGUCCACGAUCAGGGAGAAGGUGAGGAAGAUGGAGUACAAGAGCCGAGAGGAUUUCAGGCAUGAUGUGUGGCAAAUCACCUACAAUGCCCACAUAUAUAACGAUGGACGUAACCCUGGUAUUCCUCCCCUUGCGGAUCAGCUUUUGGAGCUUUGUGACUAUUUGUUAAGCGAGAAUGAUGCCAGCUUGACUGAAGCUGAAGCUGGUAUCGAAUACAGGGAUACUUAGGCUGUGAAUUGUUAAAUUAAGAUAACUUAGUUGUCCGGAAGGCCCAGUUUGGUAUAGUCAUUUUCUCUUUUUCAGGUGUAUGGUGGAUGAGGGAUGGGGCUAGAUGCAGCUCACUAUCUGCUAAAUUCCUGUCUUCAGAAACAUUGAGCUGCAUCCCGCCUCCCCACUUUUUUCUGUAUAUUUGGGUUAUUCUGGGAAAUAAAAAAGCUGCAUAUCAUUCAUCAAUAGUA